AAAAUGAGACUUGUUCCGAAUUGAUCCUGAACGGCAAGAGAUUGCCAUCGACUAAAAAAACGACCGAAUGAGAGCAGGCAAUGACGGGCGAAGAUUCGGCACGCUACAACAGUGAAGACGUAAACCAGACGAUGCCAACGUAUCAACGAAUGGCGAUGGCCGACGAUGAUGAUGCCAUGAUUGGCAGAGAAACCCAUGAUAGGACGGAUGUCCGAGCUGCACAUAGAACCCUGCUGAAUUUCGUCUUCAUGAGUAUAUUGUUCAGUGCCAAUCAUGCUUCCGUCGUAGCAUGUUUGGCGCUGGCGACCGCUCGGCUGGGCGCGACGGGUGCCUGGCAGUCGGGUAUUUUGUAUUUAACGUAUACGGGCUCGGCUAUUAUGGGAGCCACUUAUGUGGUGAAAAAGCUUGGAGCUAGGAAUUCGCUGAUUGCCGGUAUGUUGUUAUACUGUUGCUACGUUGGGUGCUUUUGGUUGGCAACGGUUUGGACAGAACAAGAAAGAGCGGCGGCAUAUAUUGGUGCCGCGAUCGGCGGAGUUGGUGCUGGCUUUCUUUGGACAGCUCAAGGAGCAUACUUCAGCAAGGCAUCCGAAGAGCACGCAAGGCAGCUCGAUCAAUCAACGUCGCUGUCAACUUCUUAUCUGGCUGGAAUAUUUGCGUUCAUCUAUUUAGGAGAAGAAGUUUUGCUCCGAAGCCUGUCUACACUGGUUCUGGAAUUCAGCAGCGUGAAUUGGUCGUCAAUAUUUGGCACGUAUUCACUGCUGACUAUUGUCUCGACGGCCGGAAUGGUCUUUAUCCACAAAUACCCCGAUGAUGCGCCCAACGAGGCUGCAUCGGCAUGGUUCAAAAUAUCAGCAGCCGGGCGAUUGCUAUCUCAGGAUCCGAAGAUGAAAUACAUGAUUGGCUUGAACGCUGCCUUUGGAUUCACAUCAGCUUUUUUGAACUCGUACGUCAACGGGGAAGUAGUUCGGGUUGUUCUUGACGAUACGGAUUCCAAGUACAUUGGUGCAUUGACAGCAUGGUUGUCCGGGGUGGCCGCAAUAAUGAGCUUGGUUUUCGGAAAAGUGACGCAGAAAACUGGCAAAGGCCCCAUCCUUACUCUAGGAGCGCUAUGUUUCUGUUUUGUGGCGUUGCCAUUUUUAAUACAACCUGAUUUGCAGCGAUGGAAUGGAGCUUGGUUGAUAUUGAUUUACACAUUGCACGGUACAGGGCGAGCAACAUUUGAAGGAACUCUCAAGGCUACCUUCGCCGACUACUUUUCCUACGAAAAGGAAGGCGCUUUUGCGAACAUCAUUCUCCAAAAUGGGCUUUCGUCGGCAAUUGGAUACGUGCUAACGUUCAAUUUGCUCUGCUCAGAGCCUAGCCGCUAUUGCGCCGAGUUUAGGGAUGGGACUCUGCACGAUGUUUUUUCAUUCGAACUUCUGGUCGUGGCGACGAGUCUGCUAGCCAUUGCUGGUUUCUGGAGGGCUUCAAUGUUGUACAAUCAAGAGGGGCAGAACAGUGAAAAUAGUGAUGUUACUGAGCUUUUAGAAAACGAGCAAGGUAUCUCCACUUAAUUUGUCAAAGCUGGUGGUGCAAACGUUCCGAACAACUCUUGCAGACAUCAUAUCUUGUACUGCCAAUAGAGUCAAUUCAUUGGUUCGAUGAAGUGGGGCUUACCUUAGGAAUUCCUUGCUAAAGGUCGCAAUAAAUUUUUCUAUUUUC